AUGGCGGGAGGUCGAUCAAGGGCUCUCGACUCUGACGAUGAAGAUUCCAGACCUAAUACUCCUCUCUCGACUGCGCCCAAUGACAGCAAAAGACUGCGACGAAUAGUCGAGCCGUACGACGGAGAGGAUUCUUCAUCUGAUGAAAUAUCUGCGCCAGCUACAACUUCGGUGCCAACAUCACGCAAGUCUCAAAUGACAACUGUUGCAACGAGCAGUAUUGGACGCCAAACAGGCCACCAGCCUGGGGCUAUUGUUCGCGUCAAACUGACCAAUUUCGUCACCUACACCUCUGCAGAAUUCUUCCCCGGGCCAAAUCUCAAUAUGGUCAUUGGUCCAAAUGGCACCGGGAAAAGCACACUUGUCUGCGCAAUAUGCUUGGGAUUGGGAUGGCCACCAUCGUAUCUUGGACGCGCAAAAGAUCCCGGUGAAUUUGUGAAAUAUGGCUGCCGCGAGGCCACCAUUGAGAUUGAGCUUCAGCGAUUUCCUGACAAGCGAAACAAUCCCAUCAUUACCAGAGUCAUAAAAAGAGAGGGGAACAAGUCCGUCUACACUCUAAACGGCAGCAUGACCGCAGCCAAGGCAGUUCAGACUUUGGCAAACUCCUUCAAUAUUCAAAUUGACAAUCUAUGUCAAUUUUUGCCACAGGACAAAGUGGUGGAAUUUGCUCAAAUGAGUCCGGUUGAGCUUCUAGCCAGCACUCAACGAGCCGUCGCUGGGCCUGAAAUGACCAGAUGGCAUGAAGAUUUGAAGAAGUUGCGCUACUCCCAAUCUAACUUCAUGAAUGAAUACAAGGGUGACCAAGAUCGGCUCGCAAACUUGGAAAAUAGGCAAGAGCUGCAACGCACUGAAGUAGAGCGUAUGAGGGAGCGAGCAUUGGUGCAGAAGAGACUCGAAUGGUUCGAGGAAUGUCGUCCAGUCACUAGAUAUUUUGAUGCCAAGACCAAGUCUCGGGAAGCAAAGGCCAAAAGAUCAGCUCUCACGGCAGAACUGGCGCAGUUGAAUGCCGUGUCGGCACCGACACUCCGAAAAGUGGAUUCGAAGAAGGAGUAUGAGCUCAAAGUUCGAGCUUUGAAAACAAGAUGUGAGAAAGACUUGACUGCAAGUGAACGGGAAUGUGAUCAAAGAGCAGAAGAUGUCCGAAAGAGCCAGGACGCGGUCAAUGAUUUCAAUAACCGGAUCGCUGCGGAGAUGAAAGCAAUACCUCAGACACGUGAGGAUAUCAAACGCCUUCAGUCGAAAAUAUUGAGCCUAAAACGCAAAAAAGACCAACGACCCGAAGAAUUCGACAGUCGCGCUAUGGCUGACGAAAUACAGAGCUUAAAGAACCAACUGAGGGCGCUUGGUGAGCAGAAGGAGGAAGCAGAGCCGCGCAAAGCAAGGUUGAAAGCGCAAGGAGAGGAUCGGAGGAAAAAGAGGGACGACCUCGUGCAACAACUCAAAGGACUCGAGACCCAAACUGGGCAACAGGAGAUGAAACUGGGAACCCUGUCACGAGAGACUUUCAAAGCCUGGAAAUGGAUUCAAGACAAUCGGGAUAACUUUAAACAACACGUCUUUGGACCACCGAUCGUGGAAUGCUCCCUCAAAGAUGUUCGAAUGGCCGACGCGAUUGAAUCGCUCCUCCAAGAGAACGACUUCAAGAUCAUCACAGUCCAGAAUCAGGACGACUUCAGAUUCUUGCAAGGUAAAUUAUUCAAGGAUCUGGAGCUUCAUGAUGUCAGUCUUCGCGUGUGUUCAACUGACAACCUGGAACAAUACCGAUCGCCUCUGGCGCCGGAGGACAUGCGGAGAUUUGGAUUGAGUAGCUGGGCCUUGGAUCAUCUGGAAGGCCCUGCAACAGUUCUUGCAAUGCUCUGCAACGAGAGAAGUCUGCAUCGGUGUGGGAUCAGCUCGAGGGAGCUUAACCAACAGCAACACGAUGAGCUAGCUCAGACAGCCGUGCAGACAUACAUAGUAGGACGGAAAAGCUACCAAUUUAUUCGACGUGCGGAAUACGGGUCAGCAGGAACAUCUGCCCGGGUUCGUGAUGUGCGACCGGCUAGAAGAUGGACAGAGCAGCCUGUUGAUAUGGGCAGAAAGGCGGUCCUGCAACGCGAAAUCAGCGAAAUAGAUGGCGAGACUCAAAUAAUCAAAUCCGAGUAUGAAGACGUCAAAAGACAGAUCGAUCAAAUUAAGAUGGACCAGGUACGGAUCACGAACGAGCACAACACGAAAAAGCUGGAGAAAGAUGCGAAACAACGAGCACUGAUGGAAUGGAGAGCACUUGAUCCGACGAUUCAAAACAAUGAGGAGGAGUUGAGCAAGCUACGAGAAAGAAUGGAUGGAUUUAAGGCCCGGGUUAGGAACCUCAGGGAACAAUCGGAUGCCGCUCUGUUAAAGAAGACUGAGGCCGUUAUCCAAUUUGCUUCUGCCACGAGGGAUGUCAAGCAGAAGACAGCUGGUCUGCUCGAAGCCAAAAUCAUGCACAUCGAGGCGUUGUCGGAUUUGGAAGUCUUGAAGGCACAAAACGACGAUAUUGUCCGGGCUAUCGAAGAAAAAGAACGUGAGGUGACGGAGGCAACCAGAAUACUCAAAGAAGAGUAUGAACGCGCCAAAGAGCUGAAUAAAGCCACGCAUCGCGUGAGGGCCGAAGCUGAAAAGUUGGCCGAGGAAAUAGGCGAACGUGGAUUCCUUGAGAUCGUAACCCAUGUUUGGGAAGUUCUCAAAACCGAAGAAAAUUUGGAGGCUGAGAUUGAUGUUGAGAGAGCUAAGUUGGAAUUAACCGAAGGCGGGAGUGCCAGCGUCAUCAAAGAAUUCGAAGAUCGAGCGAAGAUGAUCGAAAGAUUGCAGGAGAAAGUCCAGGAUGCCAAUGCACGCCGGGCAGAUUUUCAACACGGUAUUCAAGAGAUACGAAGGAAGUGGGAAGGUCGACUGGAAGAGGUUGUUGCAAGAAUCAACGAUGCAUUUUCAGACUCGUUUGCCCGGAUUGGAUGUGCUGGCCAGGUUGCCAUCUAUAAGGCAUCAUCUGAUAAUCCUGCAGAUUGCACGGAAGAAAACGGUGGAGUGGACAAUGGGCUUGAUUUUGCAAACUGGGCACUCCACAUCAGCGUCAAGUUCCGUGACCAGGAACCCCUGAGCUUACUCGAUAGCCACCGACAGUCCGGCGGUGAAAGAGCAGUCAGCACCAUCUUCUACCUCAUGGCCCUUCAGAGUUUGAGCCGAGCUCCUUUCCGUGUUGUGGACGAAAUCAAUCAAGGCAUGGAUCCUCGAAAUGAACGUAUGGUUCACGGAAGAAUGGUCGAUAUUGCAGCAGAUGACGGAGGCAGCCAAUAUUUCCUCAUCACACCAAAGCUGCUCAGUGGAUUGAAGUACAGACGGGGUAUGACAGUUUUGUGCAUUGUCAGUGGCGAGGACAUCCCACCAGCAAGAGAGCGAGACGAGAAUGGCGAAUGGGUGGACGGGCCGAAGAUCGACUUUCGACUAUUGGCCGCAAAGGCGAGGGAGCUGGGAUUUGGAAACGUUGCCGAUGGCAAGAGACUCGACUCAGGGAUAGUGAUGACCCAAAGCUUUGAGAGUGCAAGUAGAGCUGUUCCCACCCACAUUACAACGUGGGAAUGGGCUUUUGAGACAAAAGAGUAUUCGCCUUUGUACAAGUCAUCGAGCAUAACUUUGGGCGGAUAUGUCAAUGCUGUCACCAAGGAGAGACUCGAUUGGGCUGAGGUGAAAACGAAGGCCACCCAGUUAAGUACUGCGUUGAUCAAAAGGUAUGGAUUGAAACCGGGUGAGACGGUAUCCUUGUUCAGCACGAAUACCAUUUGGUAUCCUGUAGCUUUGUGGGCUGUUAUUAGAGCAGGCGGAAGAGUUAACGGAGCUUCGCCCGCCUACAACGUCGAGGAAAUGACUUAUGCGCUGAAAAUUGCUCGGUCGAAGAUCCUGAUCACCCUACCAGGAUCGUUGAGAGUGGCACUGGCGGCGGCGGACAACGUCGGCAUUCCACGAAGCCACGUCUUCCUAUUGGAAGGCAAGGCUGAAGGGCUCACAAGUAUACAAGAUCUUAUAAAGCUUGGGACCAAGUAUACGCCCGACCCACCGUAUCGGAUACCCCAAGGCCAAACGAAUAAAGAUGUCUGCGGAUAUCUGAAUUUUAGCAGUGGGACCACUGGGCUUCCUAAAGCGGAUCCUGGCCGUGAUGCCUUUAUUUCACAGUACGUGUUCCAAUCCCUUCGACCAAUCCACCUUCACGAUUACUCACCUAGCACCUCCCUGAUUCCAGUCACCGGUCUCGUCCGCUUCUGCACGUACCCUAUCUUCAUGAAUGGCGACAGCGUCAUGCUUCCCUCUUUCACGAUGGAGUCAAUGCUCCGGGCGAUCUGCGAGUUUCAGAUCAAAGAACUCAUCCUGGUCCCUCCCAUUAUCAUCCGGCUGGUCCGAGACAAGAUUGUGGAUAACUUUGACCUACGACAUGUCGAGCGCUGGUCCUCGGGCUCUGCGCCAAUAUCGCCGGAAAUUAUUGCCUUGCUCCAGAAGAAAUUUCCUUGGACGGGUUUUCGUCAGGGUUACGGCGCCACCGAGUCCACAGCUUGCAUCUCCGCACAUCCGCCUACUCAUUAUGAUUACCGGUAUGCCACGACCGGGGGGAUGUUGGUCGCCAAUACGGUUGCCAAAGUGAUUGAUUUGACCACAGGUGAAGAACUAGGUGCCAACCAGACGGGUGAGAUUCUUGCCCGGGGCCCCCAGAUUGCCAUGGGAUAUCUGGACAAUCCAACAGCAACAGCGGAGACAUUUGAUUCCGAAGGAUUCUUUCACACGGGUGACGUGGGGCAUUUCGACUCCGACGGCUUGAUUCAUAUCGAAGACCGUAUCAAGGAGAUGAUCAAGGUGAAAGGCUUGCAAGUGCCGCCGGCGGAAUUGGAGGACCUUCUACUCGGGCAUCCCGACGUGGAGGAUUGUGCAGUGCUGGGCAUUCCUGACGAAUAUGCGGGUGAAAGACCCAAGGCCUACAUUGUGCUGAAGCAGGGUGUCAGUGAAAGCGAAGAGAUGGGCAGGCAAUUGCUAAAGUUUGUGAGAGAAAGGAAAGUGAGAUAUAAAUGGAUUGUCGAGGUAGAGUUCACAACCCAGGUUCCCAAGAGUCCGACGGGGAAGCUCCUAAGAAGGGUGCUGAAGGUGAGAGACAAAGAGCAGGGAAGUGGACGUGGAUUGAAGGUGAGGGACGAUACACAGAGGGCCAGGCUGUGA